ACAGCAUUAACAUUCAGUGGAAACGCAGGGAGAAUCAGAUCCAAACUCUGGCAAUGCUGGGGCUUGAGGUUGAUUUUUCUCUUUUACCUUGCAAAAGUUUCUGAUGGGCGGAGCAUCUAGUAAUCCCUUUAAUUCCCGAGCUGUGUUUCAAUUUCCUUUUGAGCAAGUGCUUUCCUGCACUAAUCACAUUUUUUAGAGGAAGAGAAUUUGACUUAGUGUGUGCACCGUCAGCUAUUAAAUGUACUCCUAAAAGAUCCUCAAAAUGAGAUUUCCAGGGGAGAUCGUUUGGCUUAUAUUGUGGACUGUUUGUAUUGCUGAAGAUUGCAAAGGACCUCCUCCAAGAAAACAGACUGAAGUUUUGUCUGGUGCCUGGCCUGAACAAACAUAUCCAGAGGGCACGCAGGCUACAUAUAAAUGCCGACCUGGAUUUAGAACUCUUGGAGCUAUUAUAAUGGAAUGCAGGAAUGGAGAAUGGGAGUCUCUUAAUCCAUUGAGGAUAUGUCGGGAAAGGCCCUGUGGACAUCCUGGAGAUACUCCUUUUGGUUCUUUUCAUCUUGAAAGAAGAAAUGAGUUUGUAUAUGGUGCAAAGGUUGUUUACACAUGUGAUGAGGGGUAUCAGUUGCUAGGUAGGAUUAAUUUCCGUGAGUGUGAACCAGAUGGAUGGACCAAUGAUAUUCCUCUUUGUGAAGUUGUUAAGUGUUCACCAGUGACAGAACCAGAGAAUGGGAGACUUACCAGUACUGCCGUGGAACUAGACCAAGACCAUACUUUUGGACAAGUAGUACGAUUUCAGUGUAAUUCAGGCUUCAAGCUUGAUGGGCCUGCAGAAAUCCAUUGCUCAGCAAACGGUGUUUGGAGUGGAGAAGCACCGAAAUGUGUGGAAAUUUCCUGCCAAGAGCCAGAAAUUGUAAAUGGACAGUCUACAUCUCAGAAGAAAACUUACAGAGAAAAUGAACGACUUCAAUAUAAAUGUAACAAGGGUUAUGAAUACAGUGAUAGAGGAGAUGCUGUAUGUACUAAAUUUGGAUGGACUCCAAGUCCUUCAUGUAGAGAAGUAGCAUGUACUUCUCCUUAUAUUCCAAAUGGUGUCUACAGACCUCAAGCCAUCCAAUACAGAACGGGAGAUGAAAUCACAUAUUACUGUAAAAGUGGCUUUUAUCCUGCGACCCAUGUAAAUACGGCAACAUGUACUAGUACAGGCUGGCAACCUCCUCCAAGAUGUACUUUGAAGCCCUGUGAUUUUCCAGAAAUAAAACAUGGAAGUUUACACAAUGAAAAUAGAUAUAGAUCAUACUUUCCAGUAGCUAUAGGAAAAUAUUUUUACUAUUCCUGUGAUUCCAACUUUGUGACUCCUUCACAAAGUCAGUGGGAAUACAUUACUUGCACACACAAAGGAUGGGAACCAACAGUACCAUGCCGCAGACGAUGUAUUUUCAAUUAUUUGAAAAAUGGAGAUUAUCCAAGGUAUGGACAAACAUUUCUCCAAGAUGAAUCUGUGAGAGUUAAAUGUAAUUCUGGUUACAGUCUUCCAAAUGAGCAGACUAUAAUGACAUGUACAGAGAGUGACUGGUUCCCUCCUCCAGAAUGCAUUCCUCUCAGUAAGUAAAUGGUCUGAGAUCCCAGUAUAUUUAUGGUUUUCUAACCCACAUCUUUAUUAACUGUAGCAAAAUUUUAUAUCAACUUUCUUAUUUCUGCCAAUGGAUAUACUUAGCUUUAUUUUUUCCAAGUAUGUAUGAGUGGAUAUACAAAUUUCUUGAUACAUAUGCAGCAAAAUAAAUGUCUACUGAUAGGUAUUAGUCAAGAAAACAGUAAAAGAAACACAAAGAAGAAACCUGUAAUAAUAGAGUGAUGCCAGCAGUGGAGGGAAGAAGAUGGCAGUGGAGUAGGAGGAACCUAGGCUUGCCUUGUCCCAUGAAUACACCUACAUAACCAUCAAAUCAUCCUAAAUACCCAGAAAUCAACCUGAAGACCGGCAGAACAAAUUCCACAGCUAAAGGUCAAGAAGAGGCCACAUUGAAGAAGUAAGAUGCACACAGUUUGAGAGAAACUGAUUGUGGCCACUGAGGUGGGGAGAGAGCCAUGGUCACAGAGAAAGGCAAGGGACAGAUUAACACACAAGGGAGCACAUGGGAAAAAUGAAUUACCAUAGCAAUUGUCUUAGAAAGUGAGAGAGGCCAAAUUUCAUAAUUCUUAUAACCAGUGGGGUUUAAAGCCUGGGGUUUUCAAGGUCAGUGUGCUUGGCUCUGGGACAGCUCAAACGACAUUGGGGCUUGGAGAAAAGGCAACCAAGCAGCCUGUCAACAUACAGCUGGAAAGAGCAAUCUGAAGAGCACGCAGG